CACUGGUGAUAUGAUCAAACUGCCCCACUAGAAGCUGUUUGGUCUAUCAUAGGCAACUGGACCGCAGAGUGCGUAUUUCAUUAAACACUUCAGACAGUAAACAAGUGAGCCCGGCGGCAAAAAGGGACAUUUUUGUCUUUUAAAAGCUCAGAGACCAAUUUGUUGCAUUAUGGACCCUAGCUCUGGGAGCGCCCCUCCACAAGAAUGGUCUGGAGAGAAGUCCUCCAUGGGCCAGAUGCCACCUCCGCCCUACCACGACAACCCGGGCUACCCUCAACCCGGCCCGGGCUACCCUCAGGCCGGCCCGGCGUACCCACCGCAGCAGGGCUACGGGAUCCCGCCGCAGUAUGGGGGGGCAGGAUAUGGACAGCAGCCGUACCCCGCAAAUCAGGAGUACCCAGGAAAGCCGGCCACCGUCACUGUCCAGCCCACGGUGUACAUGACUCAAGGCCCGCUGGUUAACCCUGUCAAUGACUACAUGUGCUACUCCAUCUUCACCAUGCUGUGCUGCUGCCUGCCGCUCGGAAUCGCUGCCCUCAUCUACUCCAUCUCAGCCCGUGAAGCCAACCAUGUCGGAGACCGGAUGGGGGCCGAGCGGAGCAGCAGGACUGCCAGGACACUGAACCAUGUGGCCCUGGGACUCGGCAUCGGGGGCGUCAUCCUGUGCAUUGUCUACGUAGUGGUUAUGGCAUCUCUGAUAAAACAUUAAAACUGUUUCAGCAUCUUUCCAUAUUUGACAUUCGAUAUCAGGUAAUCAGCCCACAUCAGGAACCUUACUGGUCAUCUGGAGUUUCAUUGUUUAAUUGAAAAUAUGUAACCAUAAAGUCACCUGAUUGGCUAAAAGAAAAAAAGAAAGAAAUUUUGAUUUUGAUUUCAUUAUCAACGGUAGAUGACCUUUUAUUUUAAAGCAACUGCAGAAGGGCUUUAAUAUAAUCCAUUACUCUCCAACCAAUACAACCUACCAAAGAUUUAUAUUUCAUCAACAUAUAUUGUGCUUAUGACUUGCUUUCUAUGUAAUCACACAAAAAUCAAUGUUUUUUGUUUUAUACAUAUAACUAUUCAACUUUGAUGCCUUAGAAGUUUUGCCUUGUUUCUGUGUUGCUCCACCACACAAGUAUAAUUCAAAGAGAAUGUUGCAUGUCAUAUUCAAAUAGCAAAUGAUUAUCAAUACAGUUUGCAGGGUGUCAUCUUUUAGUGGUGUUGGGUUUUGUUCAGUUCUGUAAUUGAAAGAAAUUUGUCUGUGCGAUGGGCAAAAUAUUGCUGCCUUUUCAAUGGCUGUAAAUAUGCACUAACACCCUAACCUAUGUAUGCUAACAUAGUAUUCCAUAUAAAAAGAACUAACCAGUGAUACUUCAAAAUACUCAGAGGAGAAAGAGAGAGAUUUGGCUUUGUUUAGCUCAUGUUGAACAAGUAAAAAUAACAAGAGUGAGCCUGUUUCUCAUCACAGUGUGUCUGAUCUGAGAGUGCAUGCUACAAGGAGAUCCUUCUGUUUCAGUGAUUUUCACAUCAAAGUCCUCUUCUGUAUUCCAGCUAAACAGGAAUGCACAGCUUCACGCAAAAUAAGCAGAAACUUAGUCAGAGUGGAGCCAGUAUGACUGACACAGCCAGUUGCUCGAUCAGUGGCUCUCGCACUCCUAUUCUGAAAGCUGUAGUGUUACGUGUCACUGGUCUGGGUGUUGUUUGUCAUGCAAUUUUUUUAUGUUCUUUUCUUAAAGCUGAAAAAGUAAGAUUUUACUGUAUACCAGAUUUCUUUUUAAAUAAAGUUGGAGUAUAUUGAGAGAAAAACCA